UUGGUUGUCAACGAGGACAUCACUCACGCACAUUCCUGGAAACAGACAGUAUUUUACAAAAACGCUCCGAUAUUUCAGUCAAAAUGGAUGACUUUCAAACAGCCGAAGAGACUGCGUUUGUUGUGGAUGAGGUCAGCAACAUCAUAAAGGAGUCAAUAGAAGGGGCCAUCGGUGGAAAUGCGUAUCAACACAACAAGGUCAACCAGUGGACAUCGAAUGUAGUAGAACAAUGUUUAAAUCAGCUGACAAAACUUGGAAAACCUUUCAAAUACAUAGUGACAUGUGUUAUAAUGCAAAAGAACGGUGCUGGUCUACAUACAGCGAGUUCUUGUUUCUGGGAUAACACUACAGAUGGCAGUUGCACAGUGAGGUGGGAGAACAAGACAAUGUAUUGUAUUGUUAGUGUGUUUGGCCUGACGGUCUAAACGAGGACUCCAGGCAAGGAUGGGUGUGCAUGUUUGCUGGGCGUAGAGAAAAGUCUUGUGUUUCCAGUCUCAAACAAACUUAUUUUCAUCUCAGUUCGCUUAACACUCUUUACCAGGAACUUCUGAACUUCUGAAAAAAUUGAAGAGAUAGGAAACAUGAUCAAAGAUAAUUUAUCUUUUGUUACAAGCGUAUCUGUAAUAAAAGAGCUAUUUUUGACAUUGGUUAUAUUACUGGAAGCACAAGAUAUUUUCUUUUGGUCCAAACCUCAGCCCAAUUAUUAGACUAAUUAACUCAAGUUUUUGUGUUUUCUGUCUUUUAUCAGGCAGUUGCACUGUGCGAUGGGAGAACAAAACCAUGUACUGCAUUGUGAGCGUAUUUGGCCUCUCGAUCUGAAUAAUGCGUGCGUGUCAACUUGUACAGAUUCUAGAUUAUCAUCCUGGACGAACAGCACCAAAGACCAGUUACCACCGCUGCUUUCUGGCCUACCCCUAUAGCCCAGAUGGUGAUAGACAACCUUACCUCAAAUUCAAUAUCAGAAACCUCCUUGCGGUAUCUACAAGUACAAUCGUUGACCAACUUCAGGAAUAACAACGACGGAUAUUUCUCAAUUCAUAAUCAAAGAAAUUAUUUGUUCUAUAGAAACUGGAAAGUGAAAGGAAGUGUGAAAUUGUACAAAAAAAUUUUCACCCUUCAUAUUCAUAUGUAAUUGUGUAAAAGAAAUUGAUUGUUACAUGUAUUGGUUGAGUAUGAUUUUUGUCAAGUUCCUACUUUCUCUGUUUAUAGCCAGUCAGUUUGUUGCUGGCAUCCUCUAUUCAUGUACAUAAUUUGCUCUGUAGGCCUUCUGAACUGACUUUAUCUUUGCCUCAAGUAAUGUAUAACUUCCAAAUAUCUUAAAAAGGAUUACCAGUUCCAGAAUUAUGUGUAAGAUGUUUGUUCCAUUAGCAAUCCUCUGGUAUCAAGAACCUGGCUCAUUUCAUUAGAACAGACACAUAACUUCAGGAAGCAUAUGGGCCAGUACAUGUAUUUAAGCUUUUAUGCUGUACAUAAACUGAUAAGCCAAAGUGGGUGUCAAUUCUUGCAUAAUUAGACAUAACAUCAACUUACAAUGAUAUAAAAUCAAAUUCAUUCUCAGAAAUAAUUUAUGUACAUAUUUUUUUGUAAUGAAUGUUUUCUGUUAAAAGUGUGAAAUCAUUAAUCAUUUUAUUCUCACUAGAGUUGAUUUAUUUAUUAAGUUAGUCAUCAAAUAUAUUGCAGUUUACGUCAUUCGAUCAAAAUCAGACAAGUCGUACGGUACUUGGUUGGUCUUUGAUGCCCAAUGUAGUCGUAAUGUAGUGGUAGACUUUUUGUUCUGUGUGAAGUUCUCGAAGGAAGAAUUUGUGUGCAGAAAUUCUGUUGAAUUCUCAUCUGCUUGGCCAUAAGAAUAUUUACAGGGAUGGCAUUUUUACAGCAUGUAUAGCAAAUAUGUCUUUGUUACCAAUUCAAAAUAUCUGGCAUUUUCUGGUACAGGGGGCAAGGGUUCUACGAACUGAUGAUAUUAAGUCCUGUUGCUGCCCUGUCAGAAUAAUGGCUGUGAUUUUGCUAUGUAUGAUCUAGAUGCUGCAUGUCGAAACAUUCUGAGACUGCCCCUUGAUAAUAUUCUUGAGUUCAGGCACAGAUUCUCUUCAUAUUCAUGCAGUUUGUAAAAGAUGGAACAAUCAUGGAUAGUCUCCAGCAUCGAUUUUAUUAGUUCAUUAUUUCAAAUUGAGGAACCUAAAACUGAUAGUUCCAUCAUUUACAAAAAAAACUAUCUUCAACUAUUCCUAUCAUUGACAUUUCCAUUGUAAAUAACUGACUACUCAAUAUAUAUUAUGUACAUGUGUAAUACAUUUUAUGUAAAUUAAAGCCAGCUUGUUGCAAUUUAUUGGUUGUAAGUGUCAUUGGUGAAAACCGUAUUGUGUACGUCAUUUGAUCUCUCAACAUCUGACUGCAGUUUAAAAGUGUAAAACCUUUGCUUGCUGCUGCCUUGGAACUUCGCUGCUGUCUUGCCUUAUAUUGGCUUCAUACAGUGGGUUGCCCUCAACCAAUGCCUUGACAUUGUCAGUCACCCUCGAAAAUUUAAGAAGAUUAUCAUCAAGGAAAUCUACAAACUGCCAGUCUCUGGUGCGACAAUGUCAACAAGCUACUGCUUUGUAAAUUGGCGUGAUGAGACUUCAGACAUGCAGAUAUUGAAUUGAAGGUCAGACAGUGGUCAUCCUCACACCCAGAUCCUCUGUCCCUUGUUCCAAUUGUCUGACUGUCUCAUUGCAAAAAUUGGAAUAUGACAAUCAUUCUGAUCUGCAAGGAAACUUUGAGGAUCUGGAUGGGUACAAUAUUGGCUCAGUGGAUAAUAUUAAGAGAGAAGUGCUGAAGGUGGUGUGUCUUCUGCAUGUUUGAGAAAAAUUCCUAACACUUGCGAGAUCGACAUUCUAACUGGCUUGUUGUACAUUUAUUUGUCAGGUGUGACUAAUUUGUAGAAUGUCAUUCUUUGCAAUAAAUGUGUUUUAUGAAA